ACAAAUCCAGAUCUAGCCGUGUAGUGGAUCAAUGGGUAGCGAGAUCUCACCACUGACACCAAAGAGGCCUGUAUCUACAAAAGUUAGUAGCAAGCCACAGAGAACACCGUGUGGAUUUAAAAAAAAGGGAUACUACGAAGAAAAAGUGAAAACUUGUUUGUUAAAAAGUCGCUGGAAUUAGAUGGUAAUAAUGUAUAAAAUAGCUGCAAGACCACAUAGGUUAUUUUGUUUAUUUACUAUUUUCUUAUUUCCUUUGAAACAUGGACAUAUCCAAACGUGAAUUUUUCAGCCUUGUUUCGAUAGUAAGUUUAUACAGAGGGGCCUAUUACCAGGAAGUUUGUAGGUUCUUUACAGCGGACUUUACUAAAUUAAAGUCUGCAUCAAGGACUACAAAAACAAAAAGUAUGUCUUACUGUAUUUAAACGCUUAGCUCCUCGAAAACCAUACCUCCUCCCACGGCACAUACCUGUAUAUAGCGUAGAUGGGAAAGUGACCACGGGAUUUUAAACAAAGACCCCUUUAAUUGAUCACCAUAUAAGGAUUAUUGUUUAGUCGCAUUUUGUCCUGUUAAUCAGUUUCCCUAACCCGCGAAACUUUAAGAGGAAGAAGAAAAAACAUUUUGUAAAAACCAGGACUUGACAGAAUGCUGUUAGGUAAUCUAGGAAUUUUAGGCACGCAAAUUUUGUUUAAAGAAAGAUUCAACUUAACGGCUUAUCGAUUUGACUCUUGUCUUAACAACACUGUCUAAUGAAAAAUUAAGGAACAAAUGAUCGAUUAAUUGAUAUGGCUGGCAGUUGACAACUAUGGGUUAAGAUGUUAAACCUACCGAUUGCCUUCAGGUUUCGUUUAUAUAUUUUGCAAUCUUUGCUCAUUUUAAUUAUUAUCAAGGCAGUCAAAAAAUGCUGGCCUGUUCCAGGCUCUAAGAUAGUAAUGUGCAGUCAUGUAACGAGAAACGCGUGGGGACCACCACUCACUUCUUCAGAUCACGCGCGUCUUCUUUUCGCUUGCAUUGGCUUGUUUUAUUUUCGCGAUGUCCCCGACUAUUUGAGGGCCUGACACAGGCUAAAACAAUGCAAGCCGGUCGACGUCAGUGUCUUGGAACAAGUCGUUUGUACUGUGAUUAGACUCUUACAUCUCUUCUACUGUAUUUUUUUGUUCCCGUGAUACAUUUUUAAUCUUUUCUUUUUGCCUUUUUUAUAAGGGAAAUGGCGGGUAAUAUCGUGCUCGUUUGCCUUUUCAUUCUUGUUGGAAUUGCUGGUAGUUCACUCACUGCUGAGAUUACAAAGAAAGCAGCUGUAAAGACAUCUGAUGAAAAAGCAAAGAGGGGUUACGUUUGCCCUAACAACAAUGGCGGACAAUGGAUAAAUGAACCCACCGGCCACUUCCUGUAUGAGUGUACCGGAAGUAAGAGUUUGACUCGACUCUACCAACUGUGCUAUCUGUAUCUCUUAUCUAUAUUUUAGUUUUAAAAAAUUCAGACUUGCUUUAAAUAAAUUUUGUACCCUAAUACAAAAUACAAAAUACACGUCGCCAGCAAUGGACCGAUUUGAUCUUUUAAUUUGGAAAUAAAAUUAAUUGAAAUCAGGAAAAAAUCUUUUAAUUACUACUACGAUUUUCAGGUGUAAUCAAAACGACGAUGAGAGAAAAUAGAAAUUUUCACGCCCGUUUAGUGAAAACUGUAAUGAUUUGCGCAAGCUUUAGUAAAGAAAUUAUAUAAAAAUUUUACUUCACCUGCUGUUAAAUUGUGUGCUCUUUCGUGUGUUUAAGUUUUCCCCACUUUUUUAAUGCCCUGACAACACGCUCUUGCCUGACAUCUACUUUUUAAACCUGUCGGUCAUCGUGGCACAUAGAUAUAUUGAGCGUUGCCUUAAUAACUUUGUAAUUUCACUCGAAGUUAUAAAUUAAUUCUGAAAAUUCGCUCCAAAAUUAAGGAGUAUUCGCCAACGAUAUUACUAAGGAAAUCAGUUGUAAACAAACGAAACCACAGGCUAAUGGCAAGCGAACGCAUAUGUCUCAGACCCAAGUUGCAAAGUUGCAACCAUUAAAGAGAGAAACUUUAAGGCUGAAAUUUGAUCUUCCCUUGGCUUAAAGCCUGAUUGCAAUUCAUGGUAAUUUAUUAUUUAAUAUUUAUUUAUUUUUAUUAUUUCCUCUCCUGCAGGAAAUUCAGUCACUUCCAUUGCAUCAGAGUAUGUUCAGAGAAAACGCGAUCGGCGCUGGAAAAUGGGCUGCGGUUACAACAAAGCCGUCAAAGAUUGUGCGUGGACAAGUUAUAAGAACGAUUGGGAUAAACCUCUGAGAAUUGAGUGUCCACAUUACGGAUUCAUAGCUGGUAAAUAAAACUGAGUUUGAGAACGUUUUUGACUUUAUUCAGCUUGUUUUUAAUUCACGAACUGAACUUAUUCAUAUCUGCUAAUAGUCUCAGGUUCACAUUUCAGCAGUCUGUCCUGUCUUACUGUCUGUUUAUCCGGACUCCUGCUUUGUUUAAUUUUAUCUAUUAUAUAUCACUGGAUGCCUAAUUGGCUCGGGACGCGGGAGUAAGUAACGGUUUAAAUUCCGUCAUGUUGGGCCUUCGAGCUAGUGGCAUGAUGCUUUGCGACCCUCGUUUAUGAUUGCUUGUCUUUCGCCCUCCUCUUGGCCAGUUCAACGGAGCUCAGUGGAAGUGACUCAGCUGAAAGUUCCGCCCCUCCGACCUCCCCUGGUGGCGGUUGACGUCGUAGACCAUCAUUAUUCAGCAUACCUAUUGUCCAGGCAUUCGUUGUUUCCUCCCCUAUUAACUUUUUUAUUGAUUAAAUUAACUGUCCCAUUCAUGACAUUUAAUUCUAAAUUGUAUUUCAGGCGUUGAAAGUUAUUUUCGAAUGAAGAAUUAUGACCGUAGAUUCAGGUUCAAGUGUUGUAACGACGCCAAAAACUACGAGACAACAGGAUGUGUUACGACUGCCUUCAUUAACCACUGGAAAUUGCCCCUGGAUUUUCAAGUUAAACGAAGACUUGGGUACUAUCUCGUCGGGAUGUACAGCGAGCACAAGGAAAAGUUCCAGUAAGUUGAAACAUAGAAAAGAAACCUAAAAAAACUACGUUGUUGGCGCGGAAAAAGCAACCGUCACUGAUUUGUACCACGAAACUACGUUUUCCGAAACUUUAACUAUUCAUUACUAUAAGAAGAGUAAAUUUCACAUUCAUCCUCUACCACCAGAAUUGCUUUUAAAAUAAAAAUGUGUCCGAGUGGCAAAAAUUAAAUGUCACUCACCAAUUAAUGUAGUUCUUUUUUGCACCGAGGCGGCAUUUUUUGUGUAGUUGGCUUACAGAAAGAGGAAUAUAGGCAUGCAUGAUUACGAUUUAUUCCACGCGUUUUGUAACCUAAUGUACGAGUCGUACCUUGUAUCAAUUGUAAGGCCCCCUCCCCAAGUGAUGCUCUUUUCUUUAUAUCAUUCAAGCGUAUUUUACAUUUACCAAUUGAACUAAUCGCACAAAUGGUAAACAAUGAUUUUUUUCUACAAAUUUUACCAUUUGCAUUGAAUCUCACUGUUACAGGACUUGAACAAGUGGUGAGUAUUGGACUCAUAAAUGCUUUAUAUCGAUUCAAUUUUUCAGGGACCGCCGCUGGGAGUUUAAAUACUGCAAGUUGAAGUUCCGUCGUAAGAAAUAUUAAGUACCUAAAGUAACAAGAUGCCGUGUGUGUACCCUUUCUGAUCGCUAGAGUAGAAGACAAACAUUUGAAACGGACGCAUUUUUCCCAUUUUACCCUCACGAGAAGGAGCGACACAGGAGAGCCGAAGC